GGGCACGAAGGUCUGAGCUGAGCGUCGGGGAGGUGCCACCGCUCCAGGAUGAGCAGGGGUGAAACUAUGUAGCCUUUCUAAGAAGCCCGCCGGGGCCUCGGGAGCCCCUAUGGCUGUGUAUGAUGAGGACCUGCUGAGGAACCCGUUCUACCUGGCUCUUCAGAAGUGGCGUUCUGACUUGGGCAGCAUGGUGGCCCAGACCCACGGCAUUGUCUUAGUCCCUUGCAAAGGAAGCCUGUCGAGCAGUGUCCAGUCGACUUGUCAGUUUGAGUCCUACGUUUUGAUCCCAGUGGAAGAACGUUAUCAGACCUUAGACGGAAAGGAUGUCGCCAUCCAGGGCAACAGGAUUAAACUCGGAGCUGGCUUCACCUGUCUUCUCUCAGUGCCAAUUCUCUUUGAAGAAACCUUCUACAAUGAAAAAGAGGAGAGUUUCAGUAUACUGUGCAUAGCCCAUCCUUUGGAAAAGAGAGAGAGUUCAGAUGAACCUUUAACACCCCUCGAUCCCUUUUCCCUGAAAACCAUCGAAGAUGUGAGAGACUUUUUGGGAAGACAUUCGGAGCGUUUCGACCGGAACAUCGCCUCCUUCCACCGAACGUUCCGAGAGUGUGAAAGGAAGAGCCUGCGCCACCACAUAGACUCCGUGAACGCUCUCUACACCAAAUGCCUCCAGCAGCUCCUGCGGGACUCCCACCUGAAACUGCUUGCCAAGCAGGAGGCCCAGAUGAGCCUGAUGAAACAAGCUGUGGAGAUGUACAUCCAUCACAACAUCUAUGACCUGAUCUUUAAGUACGUGGGGACCAUGGAGGCAAGUGAGGACGCGGCCUUCAACAAAAUCACAAGGAGCCUUCAGGAUCUUCAGCAGAGGGACAUUGGUGUGAAGCCGGAGUUCAGCUUCAACAUACCCCGGGCCAAGCGGGCACUGGGCCAGCUGAACAAGUGCACCUCCCCGCAGCAGAAGCUGCUGUGUGUGCGGAAGGCCAUGCAGCUGAUCACCCAGUCUCCUAGCCAGAGAGUUAACUUGGAGACCGUGUGCGCUGAUGACCUGCUCUCAGUCCUGUUAUACUUGCUCGUGAAAACGGAGAUCCCCAACUGGAUGGCCAAUCUGAGCUACAUCAAAAACUUCCGGUUCAGCAGCUCAGCAAAAGAUGAGCUGGGGUACUGCCUGACCUCCGUGGAGGCCGCCAUUGAGUACAUCCGCCAAGGAAGCCUCUCUGGGAAACCGCCAGACUCCGAGGGCUUUGGUGACAGAGUGUUCCUUAAACAGAGGGUGAACUUGCUGUCUCAGAUGACGUCCACUCCCAUCGACUGCUUGUUCAAGCACAUUGCGUCAGGGAACCAGAAAGAAGUCGAGAGACUUCUGAGCCAAGAGGACCAUGAUCAAGACGCCGUCCAAAAGCUGUGCCACCCUCUGUGCUUCUGUGACGACUGUGAGAGACUCGUUGCUGGGAGGCGGAAUGAUCCUUCUGUUGUCACUCCGUUCUCCAGAGACGACAGGGGACAAACACCACUCCACGUGGCUGCUCUCUGUGGGCAGGCAUCCCUCAUUGACCUCCUGGUUUCCAGUGGUGCUGUGGUAAACGCCACGGACUACCACGGGUCUACCCCACUGCACUUGGCGUGCCAGAAGGGCUACCAGAGCGUGACGCUGCUGCUGUUGCACUACAAAGCCAGUGCCGACCUGCAGGACAACAGCGGCAACACUGCUCUGCACCUGGCCUGCACCUACGGCCACGAGGACUGUGUGAAGGCGUUGGUCUACUACGAUGUGCAAGCCUGCAGACUGGACAUCAGGAACGAGAAAGGAGACACCCCACUUCACGUAGCCGCACGGUGGGGCUACCAGGGCAUCAUAGAGACCCUGCUGCAGAACGGAGCAUCCACAGAGACCCAAAACAAACUGAAAGAGACCCCGCUCACGUGUGCGUUAAACUCCAAGAUCCUGUCUGUCAUGGAAGCUGGUCAUCCGACCCUGAGGAGCAGGCGGAGGUCGUCCGAGGUCCCUGCUCCGUCCCCUCAGCGCUCUGUGGAUUCCAUCAGCCCGAGGUCCUCCACCUCCAGCUUCUCCUCCGUGUCGGUGAGCUCUCGGCACGAGGAGACCCGGAGGGACUACCGAGAGGUAGAAAAACUUUUAAGAGCUGUUGCUGACGGAGAUCUGGGAAUGGUGCGGUACCUGCUGGAGUGGACAGAAGAGGAGCUGGAGGACGUGGAGGAGGCUGCAGGGGCCGCUGGGGAUCUUGAGUUUUGCCACCCCUUGUGUCAAUGCCCCAGAUGUGCUCCAGCUCAAAAGAAGCUGGCCAAGAUUCCUGCCAGUGGGCUUGGUGUGAAUGUGACCAACCAGGACGGCUCCUCCGCUCUGCACGUGGCUGCCCUUCACGGCCGUGCCACCUUCGUUCCCCUCCUGUUGAAGCACGGUGCCAACGUGGGGGCCCGAAAUGCAAACCAGGCAGUUCCACUUCAUCUCGCCUGCCAGAAGGGCCACUUCGAGGUGGUGAGGUGUCUGCUCGAGGCGAACGCGAAACCCAACACAAAGGACCUGAGUGGAAGCACGCCCCUCAUCUACGCCUGCGCCAGUGGCCAUCACGAGGUCGCAGCGCUGUUGCUGCAGCACGGGGCCUCCAUGAACGCUUCCAACAAUAAAGGCAACACUGCCCUGCACGAGGCGGUGAUCGCAAAGCACGUCUUCGUGGUGGAGCUGCUGCUGCUUCAUGGCGCGUCCGUGCAGGUCCUGAACAAGAGGCACUGCACGGCGGUGGACUGUGCUGACCAGAAUUCGAAAAUAAUGGAAUUGCUCCAAGUAGUCCCAAGAUGUGUUGCUGCAUUGGACGAUGCUGAUGAAACAGAUGACAAAGAGUACAUUACUGUCACGAUCAGGAAAAAAUGGAACUCAAAAAUGUGUGAUUUACCCAAUGAACCUUUCUCCAGGCAGUUUUACUUUGUCCCCUCGACCGGUCAGUUUAAGGCAAGGACUUCUAAGGAGAUGAUAGCAAGAGAUCGAAGUGUGCCUGAUCUUACUGAAGGCGCAUUGCAUCAGGUAGAGAGGCAAAGAGCCACGCUGAAACAGACUCACCGGCCAGACCCCUGCAGACCUCCAACAGCUGGCAUGGGGCAUGGUGACCAGUCCUCGAGGCCCGCACCGGGACAGGCUGCCCCAGGGAACCGGAGGAUGCUGCCAAGACACACAGUCAAUGAGGCAGUGGGAUCCAUAGGCCCAGAGGUUACCGGCGACCUCACCGCUCCCCAGGAAGCCAGUAUCUCCCAGGCCUGAAGCCAAUCAGAACACAGCUCAGCGUACCUUCAAAUAACUGGCUUCCUGGAGUCGGUCUGCAGCAGGAAGUUCCGACAGCUUUUCCCAUCACGUCUCUCCUUCCUCUUCAGAGCUAGUCAGCACACUUAGAAGGAGUGGACAACAGGGACUCAGGGCUGACUUUCCUGUUAAGUGUUAGGGCUCACGGAGACAGCACCAGGUUGCGUCACCAGGUCCUCAGCUUCUGCGGAAAGGUGCUAACCCUUUGUGCCACAAAUGCAUGAGCAGACCCCGAGCUGCACGCGCAUCCUCGCCUGGACACCUGAACAGACGCUUCGGAGGCCGCCUGCUACGGCAGGAGGCAGGCCAAGCAGGGAAGUCACAUCUCAGUAAAGAAAGUCCAUCCCAGAAAAAUGCCCCUUUGCAAAGCAGCACUUGAACCCAAAGAUGCCUAAAUGCCAUGCCCACAUUCAUUUUCAUCGAGAGGACCUGCUCGAGCUGUCCUUUGUACAUAGAAAAGCCAAGUUUGUUUCCUCUCAAGUAGAGCUGUCUGGUCACUGCAGUGCACACCUGUGACAGUGCUGGUAGACACGCCCCGUCCCAGGAGGGGCCUCCCUACCUUCAUGCCACACCUGAAGGAUGGUGACUGGAUUCACGAGGAGACUGGGCACAUCUUUCUGUAGUCUUUUUAUUCAAGUUCUAAACUUAGAGCACAAGCCAGGGCCAAGUUAUUUUUAAGUUAGACUUGAUUGCCAUUAAUUCCUUUUUAUAAAUUUCUAGAAAUGAUAAUUAUUUUUUUAGGUUAUCAGCUGGUGUGGAACCGCAAACCUGGGUUUGGCCUGAGUACACCUAGGAACUCCAUUAACAGGGAUGGGGUGUGUCUACAUGUUCCUGGAAGUGGCUUGUAUGUGUAUAGAUUGGAGGGCCUGGUUAUUUUUCUACAAAGUAAUUUAUGAUUUCUAGUUUUCUAAUGUGCCUUGGAUAUGUGCCAAAUGCUGGGAAAGAAACAGUAAACCUUAAGAUUCCU